AAUUGGUCUCAGUUGUUGCUCAAAACUUGAACCUAUGACUGUUAAACGGAAUGGAGGAGAUAAAGAUGACUUUGAGCCUGAUCCUGCAACUUGGACAGCCUUGGAAGAGAAAAUUUUUAUUCAGUUAAUGGUCAAAGAGGUUCACAAAGGAAAUCGAUCCACUACAACGUUUUCAAGAAAAGGUUGGAAACACAUAGAGCAAGAGUUCGUUGAGAAAACUAGGAAGAGGUACAACAAUUCUCAAUUCAGAAACAAGUUUAACCAAUUGAGAACCCGUUUUCAUGAUUUUAGUAAACUGUUAAAAGAACCUGGAGUUAGUUACGACUCUCUGCUGAAUACAAUAUGUGCAAGUGAGAAUGUAUGGGAAUCAUGCAUAAAGGCAAAUAAAGGUGCAAAGAGAUUCCGCAAGAAAGGAUGCCCCAUGUACAUUGAGUUGGGAAUCAUAUUUGGUGACCCUGCAGCAAAAUUCAAAUAUGCAUCCCCAUUAGCUUUGUAUUCUAUGGAUGAUGAAGACAAAUUAGAAAUGGAAGAUGCAUCAACAAAUGCUACCCCAUCCGCUUUCCAGUGUAAGAGCAGCGAUGCUAAAGAUUAUCCCUCGCAAAGUGUGCGGCGACGGCGGGAACGAUCUCCCACUCCAACAAGCCAUGUUCAGGGAAAGAGGGAAGCAAGGACAACAGAGACAGGUGAAACUUUGAAGGAAUGGGCUGAAGUUACAAACACGAGGACCCCGACCUUGAGCAACCUUGAGGCAUCUCCCCAGUCCAGCACAUUUUCAAUUACCAAUUGUGUCAAGUGUUUGGAAUCUAUUGAAGGUGUGGAUGGGAACACAUACGUAAAGGCAAUUAAGAUGUUCAAAGAUGUAGAUUGGAGGGAGAUGUUUAUGGCAAUGUCUGAGGAGAGAAAAUUGGUUUGGUUAGCUAGCUUAGAGUGACAUUGCCUGCUGUGAUGUCUUGAGGCCACCCCUUUUCUUUUUUCUUUUUCUUUUUUUUAAUUAGAUUCAUUUGGAACAGGUUCACGAUAUGAUCUCCCAUUUUUGGGACCAGUUUUAGUUAUGCUGGUUUGUUGUACGUGUAGUUGCCUAUAUUGUAGGAAGCUGCUAGGUUGUCCAUAGUAGAUGCAUACUAAAAUUUAACUUGACAAAGCCAUUUUUCUCGUUUGAGCUUUUGCCAUU